AUGUUGACUAAAAAAAGGAAAAUGCCUGAGCAUGAAACAAUAGCACUACCUGAAGAGUGUAGGGCGAUCAUCCAGCGCAGGAUCCCUCCCAAACUUAAAGAUCCAGGGAGUUUUACUCUACCUUACUCCAUAGGAAAUCUAAAUGAUAUAAAUUGUUUAAUUGAUUCAGGGGCGAGUAUUAAUUUAAUUCCCUUAACACUUUACAGGAAACUGGGAUUAGGAGUUCCUAAGGCGGCAUCUAUUAUCCUUCAGUUAGCGGACCAAUCACUGAAACACCCCUACGGAAUAAUCGAAGACAUGCUUAUCAAGGUGGAAGAGUUUAUUUUUCCAGCUGACUUCAUCAUCCUUGACAUAGAAGAGGCAAAUCAUACGCCAAUAAUCUUGGGACGACCAUUUUUGUCUACAAGUCGAGCCUUGCUGAAUUUUGAUGCUAAUGAGAUAAUCUUGAGGAUAGAGGAUAAGCAAUAG